ACUGCAAGAAAUUAAUUAAUUAAUUAAUUUGCAGAAUGGCUUCUUCUUCUGCUUUAAACUUACCUGUUCUAUCUCUCUGUAAAUCCCCUAAAUUUAUCAAACCUUCAACUACCUUCCUGCAACGUGAUUUUCAUUUAAUCAGCAUCAGAACAAUUAGAGAAUCAAACAGCCUUAGAAAGAGAGCAGUUAUCGUGUGUGGGUUGCCACUGGGUGUUGAUCCAUGGGCACCUUCCAUUGAUUCACAGAGCAUAGCUUCUCAACUUUUCGCUUUUUCUUUGUUUCCUUACAUUGGUUUCUUGUACUUCAUUACCAAAUCAAAAACUUCUCCUAACCUCACCCUCUUCGGUUUCUACUUUUUGCUCGCAUUUGUUGGUGCCACAAUUCCAGCUGGAAUUUAUGCUAAGGUGCAUUAUGGAACUUCUUUGUCCAAUGUGGAUUGGUUACAUGGUGGGGCUGAGUCCCUUCUCACUCUCACUAACUUGUUCAUUGUGUUGGGUUUGAGAGAGGGAAUCAGAAAAGCUGAAAAUUCGGAGAAAAACACUGAAUCGAAGGAAGAGAAGAAACCUGGGAUGAAGGUCUGAUAUUUGGACUCAUUGCUCUUACUAUUGCCAGUGUUAUUGUAAUUUGUUCCAUUGACUCAGAUGUGCCUCCAAAUUUUGGCUGUGAUUUUCUAUAUUUGUCUUAAAAAUCACCGACAGUUUUGCCAUCCUCUCGAUUGUUUUGUUUGUAAAUAAAAUUCUGUAUUUUGUGUAAUUUAUCAUUGAUUGGAAUGAGAUAUUCAAAAAAAUUUGAUGUGCAAUGAUCAGUCUGUUCUCUUUUAUGCUA